CCCCCCCCUCUCUCUCCCUUCUCUCUCUCUCUAAAACCAUGCAAACCUCCGGCAACGGUGGACCACCCAAUGCCACCACCGUUGAUAACAUGGUGAUUGACAACGCAGUGAUGGUUUUUGGUCAACGUGGAUGUUGCAUGUGUCAUGUAGCAAAGCUUUUGUUAUUAGGGUUAGGGGUAAACCCUACAAUCUCAGCCGUUGAUGAAGGCGAUGUCGCGGAGGUAGUUAGUCGGUUGUCGAAGAUCUCGGGCGAGUCGGUUAUAGCGUUUCCGGUGGUGUUUGUGGGUGGGAAGUUGUUUGGUGGGUUGGAAAGAUUAGUGGCCAUGCAUAUUACCGGAGAGUUGGUUCCAUUGUUGAAGGAAGCUAAAGCUCUUUGGCUUUGAGUUAAUGACUUUUGUAAUUUUGUUUUGUUGUAUGUUAAUUUAAUAUGUGUAUGAAGCUUCUUAGUGUAAUAUUAAUAUAUUAUAUAGCCUUUGAUUACAUUUA